AGCUUUCGUGUGUGUGCUGUUUUCUUUAUUCUUUUCUUUAUAUAUACAGACUCAGACAUGUUUAUCAAUAUUUAUAUAUUGAGUGUAAGUAGGAGUGGUGUUUAAAGAGGGUGGCAUUAGUACACUAAUAGUGGAGGCUAAGAAAAGUAGAGGGCUAUCUUUAUUAGAGAAAUAAACUAUGUAAAAGAAAGGGGGCAGAAUGUGUAGUACCCUUCUUAUAUAUUUGAUUCUUGUUCAUUAACUCUUCUUAUACCACCCCCUCACAAAAUUGUUUUACUCUUUCUUCCUUGUGGCUAGGAAUACUAGACAAAUAACAAUGGUGACCAAGAAACCAAAAGUUGUGAUAAUAGGUGCAGGAAUGGCAGGUCUUACAGCAGCUAACAAGCUGUACACAAGUGCAGGCUCUAAAGAAUUUAUAGAGCUUUGUGUUGUGGAGGGUGGUAAUAGGAUUGGUGGAAGGAUUAUAACUUCAGAGUUUGUUGGGAGUAGAAUUGAGAUGGGUGCUACUUGGAUCCAUGGAAUUGGGGGUAGCCCUGUUUACAAGAUAGCUCAAGAGAUUAACUCACUUCAUUCAGAGAAGCCUUGGGAGUGUAUGGAUGAGUUCUUGGAUGACCCAUUGACAAUAGCUGAAGGAGGUUAUCACCUCAAUUCUUCUCUUGUUGACCCCAUAUGUAACCUUUUCAAGAAUCUGAUGGAUUUUGCUCAAGGGAAACCUAAUGUCCAAUUUCCUCAAAGUAACAUAGGGAAUCUUAGUAUUGGUUCUUUCCUAAGGAAAGGGCUUGAUGCUUACUGGGGUUCAAUAAAAGAACAAGAGGAAACACUGGGGUUUGAUAACUGCACAAGAAAAUCACUGGAGGAAGGUAUUUUUGCAAUGCUUGAGAACACACAAAGGACUUACACAUCAGCUGGUGAUUUGGAGACUCUAGAUUUUAAUGCAGAAAGUGAGUAUCGCAUGUUUCCAGGGAAAGAGAUAACCAUUGCCAAAGGUUACUCGACUAUAGUUGAAUCUUUGGCAUCUGUUCUGCCAGCUGGUAUGAUUCAAUUAGGCCGAAAGGUCACAAAAAUUGAAUGGCAACCUGAUGAUGGUGAAAACUGUGAUGUUACUAAGCCAGUAAAGAUACAUUUUUGUGAUGGAUCAAUCAUGUAUGCUGAUCAUGUGAUUGUGACAGUUUCACUUGGUGUUCUAAAACAAGGGAUUGGCGAUAAUACUGGUAUGUUUAGUCCUCCACUACCUAGAUUUAAGACAGAAGCAAUCUCAAGGCUUGGUUUUGGUGUUGUUAACAAACUAUUCUUGCAACUAAGUCCAAACAGGGAUGAAGCUAUGAAGUUUCCCAACUUGCAGAUGGUGUUUCAUCAGUCAGACUCAAAACUAAGGCAUCCAAGAAUCCCCUGGUGGAUGAGGAGGACAGCUUCUUUAUGUCCUAUCUAUGGAACUUCAAAUGUUCUAUUGUCAUGGUUUGCAGGGAAAGAGGCUCUUGAGCUUGAAUCACUUAGUGAUGAAGAGAUCAUUGAUGGAUUCUCAACAAUGAUCUCCAAUUUACUUGAAAACUCAAAAAACAAUGCCCAUGACUUGUGCAAUGGGCAUGCAAACUCAGCCAUCAAAUUUGAUAAGGUUUUAAAGACUCAAUGGGGUACUGAUCCACUCUUCUUGGGAUCAUAUAGUUAUGUGGCAGUUGGUUCAAGUGGAGAUGAUCUGGAUAGUAUGGCUGAGCCAUUGCCAAAAAGGAGCAAUCAUAGUUUUAAUUCUCCUCCACUUCAAAUUCUAUUUGCAGGGGAAGCAACACAUAGAACUCAUUAUUCAACAACUCAUGGUGCUUACUUUAGUGGCCUAAGAGAAGCCAACAGGCUCCUUCAGCACUACCACUAUAUUGAUAUAUGAAAAAUGUUUGUUGCCAUAGAAA